CACAUCUAUCUUGGUACCCAUUGACUUUGUCGCAUGUGUGCGCAAGAGAGAAUACAGAAAAACUAGAGAAACCAACUCCAAUGAAGGGAAUACGCCUUUCACCACCACCAACACAAACCACCAACACAAUUCAAUUACAAAGCUUUCCCACCACUUCCACCAACCCCAACCAAGUUCAAUUCCUCCCAUUCCAAUCAAAGCAUAACAACAAGAAGAAAAAAACCAAGGCCCCAAUCCUAUGUCUGUCUUCGACAAACCCAUCCAAAAUCCACCCACAACCGCCGCUCGUGGUGGUCGGUUCCGCCAAUGCCGACAUCUACGUGGAGAUCGACAGGCUCCCAAAGGAAGGCGAAACAGUGCCAGCUAAGACUGGGCAGACCCUGGCGGGCGGGAAGGGCGCAAACCAGGCAGCUUGCGGAGGGAAGCUGUCCUACCCGACGUACUUCGUGGGGCAGGUCGGGCAGGACUCGUAUGGGAAGCUUGUGACCGAGGCGCUGAGGAGUGGUGGAGUGUGUCUUGAUCACGUGACGACGAUUAGUGGUGGGACCCCAACUGGGCAUGCUGUUGUGAUGCUGCAGUCUGAUGGGCAGAACUCCAUAAUUGUUGUUGGUGGUGCGAAUAUGAGCUGCUGGCCUGAGAUUCUUCCUCAGCAUGAUCUUGAUGUUGUUAGGAACGCUGGCAUUGUCUUGCUCCAGAGGGAGAUCCCUGAUGCUGUCAACAUUCAGGUCGCAAAGGCUGCAAGGAGUGCUGGUGUCCCAGUAAUUUUUGACGCUGGGGGCAUGGAUUCUCCAAUUCCACAAGAAUUACUGAACUAUGUUGAUAUUCUGAGCCCUAAUGAAACUGAACUUGGUCGCCUUACGGGAAUGCCAACUGAAAGUUUUGAAGAUAUUGCACAGGCUGCAGCUAAAUGCCAUAAAUGGGGAGUUAAGCAAGUCCUUGUGAAACUCGGGGAGAAAGGAUCAGCACUUUUUAUUGAAGGAGAAGAACCGAUUCAGCAACCUGCCAUAUUUGCUAAGAAGGUUCUCGAUACGACUGGGGCUGGUGAUACUUUUACAGCUGCUUUUGCUGUUGCAUUAGUUGAGGGCAAAUCCAAAAAGGAAUGCCUCAAAUUUGCCGCUGCCGCGGCUUCUCUUUGUGUUCAAGUGAAGGGGGCCAUUCCCAGCAUGCCUGAUAGGAAAUCUGUUCUGGAACUUCUUAACUAUCAUUGAGAAUCUUGCAUAAAACAAAAGGUUAGAUUCAUUACCAGAGUCACCACGCAUGACAAAGGGAAAGAAAGAUCCCUGAAAGAGGACACAAGGAAAGCAGAAUUUUUCGCCAAGUUUAUGCCAUUAAAAUAAGGUUAAGCUACCCACUUAGGCUGAAUAAUCACUUCUGAGGUUAAAGAAAAAGUUUGGUUCAUGGGGUUGUAAUUUUAAUAAAUUAGCUUGUUUAAUUUUAAGGGGGAAAGAAGACAAAAGGAAAAAGAUCUCUUGGCUAAUGUGAUGAGUUUUCUGGCCAAAAUAUUAGCUUGUUGGCUUUCUAGGAUUUUCCUUAGGCUAUAUUUGGACUGGUGGUACUCAGAGGAAUAGAACUGAAUUCAGCAAAAUUUAAUGAGUUUCGAUUGUUUGGAUUAAUAAUAUAUGAUGGAAUGAAAAGGUUGGUAAUGAAGUA